AUGGAGGAUUAUUUGGUAGUCUUAGGGUUUGCCAUUUCUACAUAUUUCUUCUUGUAUUUGUUCUUUCAAUGGUGGAUUUCACCAUGGCUGCUUUACAGAAAGCUUAGAGCUAACGGGUUUUUUGGGCCAAACCCUAAUUUUCCUUUAGGGAAUCUGAAUCAAAUCAAGAACCAGAAACCAGAUUGUUCUAACAUCUCAUCAUCGGAUGAUCUUACAGCAAUAUCGAAUGAUAUACAUUCCUUUGCAUUUCCCUAUUUCGCUACAUGGCAGCAAUCCCAUGGGAAAGUAUGGGUCUUCUGGAUUGGGACAGCCCCAUUUCUUUACAUUGCAGAACCUGAAUUCUUGAAGAAAAUGUCUUCGGACAUUAGAGGGAAAAAUUGGGGGAAAGCAGAUGUUUUCAGACAGGACCGAAUGGCGAUUUUCGGCAAAAGUGUAGUAACUAGUGAGGGCGAAGAAUGGGUUCGUCGCCGCCACUUUAUUACGGGCGCGUUCUCUCCACACCAUUUGAAGGCAACGGCAACCCUAAUGAUGGAGGCAACGGCAAGUAUGGUUCUCCGGUGGUCGGCGCAAAUAUGCUCCGGCGAGCAAGAAAUCGACGUCGAGAAAGAGAUCAUCUUCACCGUAGCCGAAGUCGCAGCCAAGACAAGCUGCGGUAUGAGCUGCGAAGAUGGGAGACAAGUGCUCGAAAAAUUAAGAGCUUUGCAAAGAGUACUUUUUUAUGGCAUCGGGCACGUGGGAGUGCCAUUCGGAAAAUUCCUAAGCCCAAAGCGAACAAUGAGCGCGAACAAAUUGGGCAAAAAAAUUGACGAUAUUUUAUACUCGGCAAUAAAGAGGAGUUGGGUAGACGGGAGCAAAAAGGACCUCGUCGGGACAUUAAUGGCGCCGGGGGGAGGCGCAAAACAGCCAUUGGCGCCGGAGGAAAUGGUGGACGAAUGUAAGACAUUUUUUUUCGGAAUGUACGAGACGACGGGGCUCGUGCUGACGUGGAGCUUGCUGCUGCUAGCUGUUCAUCCAGAGUGGCAAAGACAACUAAGGGAAGAGGUUGGAGAAGUGGUUGGGUUUGGGGAGAUUAAAGAUGUUUCCGAGCUCUAUGGACUUAAGAAGAUGGGAUGGGUGAUGAACGAAGUACUACGUUUGUACGGACCGGUUCCGACUGUACAAAGGCAAGCAAAGCACGAUAUUAAGGUGGGCAAUCUUGUGAUCCCAAAUGGCACAAACAUAUGGAUUGAUGUAGUGUCGAUGCACCAUGACCCAAACUUAUGGGGAGAAGACGUAUACGAGUUUAAGCCAGAGAGAUUUGAAAACGAUAUACACGGAGGGUGUGCGCACAAGAUGGGGUUUCUUCCAUUUGGAUUUGGAGGAAGAAUGUGUGUUGGUAAAAAUUUAGCGAAUCUUGAAUAUAGAGUCGUACUAACUUUAAUUCUUUCUAAAUUUUCCUUCACUGUUUCUAGCAGCUAUUGUCAUUCUCCUACUAUAAUUCUCUCACUUAGGCCUCCCGAUGGAAUACCUCUUGUUUUCCGGCACCUUUAA